AUGGGGAAUAAAAUCGAGGACUUCGGAGGUAUGAAGCUCUCGGCGAUGCAAGAGAACGAUAGAAAUGAGGUAAGGGAAUCUGGGAAUCGAGUUUCGAACAAUGCAAUCAUGAUGGACAACGCUACUAAUGAUAAGUAUGGAGAAGACAACAGCACAUUAGAGAGGGAGGAAGGUUCUAUGGUGUCCAAUCUUCCUCUUCUGUUCGCUAACGGUUAUCCCACGUCCCUGGAGAAAAUUACUAUGGCGCAACUGGAACGCUUUGUAUUGUUUAUGGUCCAUUGUUCAUUGGGCCAUGACACCACUAAGGUUAUCAAUAAGCCUGAGUGGUGGCCUCAAGACGUUAAAUUCUCAAGUCCGCUAACGAGACCUAAGAAGCUCAACGAUAACUGGAUGGCAAACCUAAAGAAAUUGGUUUUCCGAUGUUACACGUAUCACAGAAGCGAAUAUCUGUUACGUUUUUGUUCCUAUCUAGCGCAGUAUCCUCACGAUGAAUUAGAAUACGUUAAUAAUUGGGAUUCGACGACUAGUCUGUAUCACAAAAGUACAGGAAAGCUACUAGUAACAUUUCGUAAUGAAAAUAUGCAUUAUGACAGAAAAAAUGAUAGCCCUCGAAGAACAUUGUUAUCUCAUAAUGCAUCUUCGUCGGGCAGUGGAAACAAAGCGAGACAAGCCCCCAUGAUGGUUCAACCACCAUGUGACGAUAUCUAUCUUUGUGACAAUUGCGAUGCUGAAUUUGUAGGCCUCGCAAAUAUGAAGGAGCAUGAAAAAAUAUGCUGCGAACAAGAACAUGGUGGUGGUAGUGGCUCGCGUUCGUCCACUCCAGACUUGUCUAUGGUCGAACCUGAGCUACAACAGGAUCAAUUUCUGGAAUACUUCCAGUUACAAUCGAGUAAGACUGAAUCUAAAUCGUCCGGUGUGAAAAAGGCGAGUGCUCCUGAUGGUAGUAUCGUUAGACGAACAUCUGGACGUGUUAGGAGUUCUCUUAACUUCACGAGAUUCGCUACUAUCCCAUUCUCGUCGCCUGCCGGCAUAAUGCUAACAAAGAAAUCUAAGGCUAUGACUGAGGAAACGCAGCAAGAACGAUUAGAUAGAAUAGAGAGGCAUGUCAUCGCGCCAAUAUUGAGCGAUUCAUCUAGACCAAGAUGGCUGGACACAGAAGUAGAUAACGAUAGAUGGAUAGUGACGUACAAACAAAAUCGGGAUAAACUGACUGACCAUUAUGUACAUCAAUAUAAAUUUGUGAAUUCCUGUAAAAGCAAGCCAAUGCUGAGCAUACCGUCGCAAUUGCUCUACGCCACAUGUCGACCUAUUUACGUUGUUCUUACUCGACUGAGUGAGGAGCAAAUUGAUGAAUUGAAAAAGGACCCCUCAAAAUAUCAGUGUCCCCAGAAGAGCAUCAAUGUGCGGAAAGUUUUAUUAAUGAGAAAAGCAGGGCCGGCUUGCAAAACGAAAUCGAGAAAGACAGCUCACGCGCGAAACGCAUCUGUGUCUUCGAAACGAAAAGCACCGCUGGAGGAUGACGUAGAUCCGACCGUUGAAGAAGAAGAAGAAGACAACAUUAAUACGUCAACUAAAGAAGCUUUAGUCGCGCUCGCUGCUGUAAAAUCAUUUAUGGAUAAUUCAGAGAUUACGAAACCAGCCAAAGACAAAAAAUGUCCAUCACGCACGAUAAUGUUGAUCGAUCUCUGUUCGUCCGAUGAAGAAGAAAAUGAUUCGAGUACUCGCGAUGAGAACAGAGAUCCCAUGAGUACCGCGGAGUCAUCGAUCGCAAAGUCUUUCUUGCGAAAGCUGUCGCCGAAACAAACUUUACUACGCGAGACCCUGCAUUUACCCCGCACACUCAUCGACAGACUGGUUAUUGAAUAGCGUAUUAAACGAAGAUAACAGAAAUAAAUAUCGACUGUUAAUAUUUGG